CGCCGUUUGCAUGCUAGGCUAGCCCAGUUAGCUUGAGCGCGCUAGCCAAGAUGGAGCCAGUGGUGAGGCAGGCUUGUGUUGGCUUGUGAUGGGCAGGCCUGCGUGAAUGCAAACAAGGGCUCAACUUCAUGUCUACCUGCGUACGUCACACGGUUUCAUGUUUGUAUCCAUGGAGCUUGUCUUUUUCAAUAAAACCGACUUAUCAAUAACGACCCCCUGCCGUAUUAUAUAUAUAUAUUUAUGGGUUUUUUUCGGCUAUGGCUAAUUUCAAUUGGCUUACGUUGGAGCGCGAGAAAGACCGAACACUUGUAAAACUGACAAAAAUGUGAACGUAUGGAGUAAAAAAUAGUUAACAUUAGAUUCAAAGUGUCACGAUUUUACUCCUUAUAGGGAUUUUAUACUCCAAUAACAUUAUGUAUGAUGAUUUUCCUUGAAAUUAAUGGACAUUUUCUUGGAUCUUUUCUCUAUUUAUUUAUCUAUCUAUCAAAUAUAUAGACUACACACUCUUUAUAUUGCACACCUCUAGACAAAAGUAAGAAACCAAGCAUUCAUGACCCACAGGGUCUGGUCUAUUCUUCUAUAAAGCCAUCCAAGAGAUGGUCACAGAUACUUCAGUAGAAUGUACGAAUGACCUAAUUGUUUCGAAUUGAGUACAAGUGCUAACACUUGACUUGAGUACUUGCUGAUGAGCUAUUACAGAUACUUGAUGAUGCCAUUACAUCUGGUAGUUGGUCACAAAGAAACAUUGUUAGUUUCUAUCAAGCCGAUGAAGGAUACCAGUGUAGCAUCGGAUUUUGCGUCAGAUUGAAAUGAAAUAAAAAUGGAUUUAUCCACCAUUUGGAUACAAACAUCACCACAGAAAUUUCUCGCCGAGUCUCACAGUAGGCUUAAAGCACAUUGCUGGCCUGCGUUAUUAAAAUGGAGAUUCACCCUAACAGUCACACACGUGGGUUGUCGUCCUAAGUGUUAAUGAAUGUGUGUGUGUGUGCGUGUGAUGAAAUUAUCAGCAAAUUCUUCCCAUGCCUAUGUUGCAUACAAACUGAACAAUUGUGGCCCCUUUAUUUUAUUCAUUAAGGUUCAGUGUAUCUUUGCCAGCCUACAUCAAUCUGCAAAGGAGUUGCAGAAAAGCCUCAUGUUCAUCGAGCCCCGGUUUAAAAUUCUGCAGCUGAAGGCUUGAAGAUGCAGAAGGGUACAGUAUGUGGUGCAGAUCGCAGUGUGUAUAAACCUACUUUCUGUCAAUGUUUCAUGUCUGUAAAUGGCUCGGCCGGGAAUACGUGAUUUGCAUUUGUAACCUGUGUGUUGACGUGCCACGUAAAACAUACCGAAUGAUGCCCAUGAGGACACAGAGCCUUAAAACAAGCUCAACUGAGACUUGAGGUUCUGCUCUUGUGAUAGAAUCUUUGAGGCCUGGGUAAGUCGCAAUGAGGCCACACAUUGCCUCGUGUAACUUCACACUUACGCCAACAGAGGCAAAGUUUCUUCAUGAAUUACUCAUUUGACACGCUAAUGACCAAGACGACGUUCUUGUGGUAGUUUUGGGCUCAGACCGAGCAAAGGCAGCUAUUGUGACACGGGUGCUAUACAUUGUAAAAGAGGAAGUCAGAUAAGCUGAGGCUUGGCCCUUAUUAGUACAUGAGGUUCUUCUCACAGGAUGCCUUCUGGACUCUUUCAGGGGACGAGACGCGGCAGAGGGUCAAGUACUCGGACGAGCGAGUCUGCAAAAGUCACCUCCUCGACUGCUGUCCGCAUGACAUCCUGUCUGGAACCCGCAUGGACCUGGGAGAGUGCACCAAGAUCCACGACCUGGCGCUUCGAGCAGACUAUGAAAUUGCCUCCAAGGAGCGAGAGCUCUUUUUUGAGCUGGAUGCCGUCGAUCACUUAGAGUCCUUCAUCGCUGACUGCGACCGCAGAACGGAACUGGCCAAGAAACGUCUGGCCGAGACUCAAGAGGAGAUCAGUGCUGAAGUGGCAGCCAAGGCGGAGAAGGUCCACGAGUUGAACGAGGAAAUUGGAAAGCUCCUGGCAAAGGCCGAGCAACUCGGAGCAGAGGGAAACGUGGAGGAAUCCCAGAAGGUGCUACAGGAAGUGGAGAAGGUCCGCAGUAGGAAGAAGGAUGCAGAGGAGGAAUACAGAAACUCCAUGCCGGCCUCCAGUUUCCAACAGCAAAAGCUUCGCGUUUGCGAGGUGUGCUCGGCGUAUCUGGGCCUCCACGACAAUGACCGCCGUCUGGCCGACCACUUUGGCGGCAAGCUCCACCUGGGCUUCAUCCAGAUCAGAGAGAAGCUGGACCAGCUCAAGAAAACCGUUGUGGACAAGCAGGAAAAGCGAAACCAGGAUCGGCUCAAGAGACGGGAAGAAAGGGAGAAGGAGGAAAAGAUGAAAAAGCGGACGAGAUCCCGCAGCAGGGAACAUAAAAGGUCUGGUUCUCGCGACCGGAGGAGGCGCCGCUCGCGCUCCUCGUCCCGAGACAAGCGCCGCUCGCGCUCUCGCUCCAGGGACAGGAAGAGGCGACAGAGGUCCCGCUCCCGAGGCCAACGUCACAGCCACGAGCACGGCUCCAGACAUAAGUCAUCCAGAGACCGCGAGCACUCGUCCAGAGACAAGUCGCAAGGCCGCGAGCGGCGGGACGGCGUCAACGGCCGGUCGGACUCUCGCAGAGCAGAUGACAGAGAAGACCCGUGAAGGCCAACGUCCAUCUCACAUAACACCCACCACCUUGUUGUCCGUUUGUGUUCUUAUAGUCCCUUAGACUCGUUUUUCUUUACUUUGACUCACCAAAAAAUCUCCAUUCAAUAUUACAUUUUUCAUAUGUCAAGCCACCUUUUGUUACACCUCCGUAAUUUGGUGGCCUUCCUUUAUCCAAUGAACAGUGACGUCAGAGACCUCAUACAUUUGUCAAUAUUAUUUUAAUUCGUUUCUUUUAUGAUACAGGAUCUGACUGUGUAAUGUGUGCUUUAGUUUACUGUUCUUUCGUUCAAAUUUUUAGAAACACCCUUGAGUCCCUUCACACCUCAACCAUGUUUUCUCCUCCAGUGUAGUCUAAUUUCUUUUCAAGGGGGGCAGUACCUACUGAGUAAAUUAAAAAGUGGUCGAGCGGGGGUUAAAAAAAAAAAAUGGUUGGAAAUGUUUGCGAGUUAGUCUUUUGUUAACUGAUUUAAAAAUCCAAACAUUCACCGUUUAUAGAAAGUUCAUUUGAGUUGGUGUCGGCAAGUGAAGCGGAAAUGUUGUCCACGCCAUUUAAAAGAAAUAAACUGCUUUGUAAUUACAUGGAAACAGAUUGUAACGGCUGCGUCGGUUUACAAAGGUGUCAUCUGGUUCCUCUGGGGUUCAUUAAAAAAAAAAAAUCUGUUCUCAAUGAAAUCAUAUUAAAGGCAUUAUUGCAUUUUGA